CUUUGACUCUUUACCACUUAACCGACCACUCGAUCCGCCUAUAUAAGUCAACUUCCUGCGGCUCCGACGAGUGCAGGGACAGGAACAGGGACAGGGAGGGAGAACAUGUGCGGCCAUCGCCGGAGUGCUCACGGAUUCCUUACAGUACCGUUGGCCACCGGCGAGGUCGUCAAGCCGGCGAAUUGGGUAGCUUUGGCAGUCGGAGAGGCCAAGGCGAUUGUGAGCUUGGCAUGGCCUAUGGUCUUCACUGGCCUGCUUCUUUACUCCCGCUCCAUGAUCUCGAUGCUCUUCCUCGGCCGCCUCGGGGACCUCUCGCUCGCCGGCGGUGCGCUCGCCAUUGGGUUUGCUAAUAUCACUGGGUACUCGGUUCUCGCCGGCCUCGCAGCCGGCAUGGAGCCGCUCUGCGGGCAGGCGUUCGGCGCGGGCCAGAUUGGCCUCGUCAGACUCGCCCUUCACCGGACUGUCCUCCUCCUCCUCUGCGCCGCCGCUCCCAUCUCCCUUCUUUGGCUUUAUAUUCGCCCUAUCCUCCUCCUCCUCGGUCAGGACACCGCCCUCGCCGCUGCCGCCGCGACCUACCUCCACGCCUCGCUCCCCGACCUCCUCAUCCACUCUUUCCUCCACCCGCUCCGCGUCUACCUCCGCGCACAGUCCGUGACGCUCCCGCUCACCGUCUGCGCCGGCCUCUCCCUCGCCCUCCACCUUCCAGUUAACUACCUCUUCGUCUCGGUCCUCGGCCUUGGACUCCCCGGCGUUGCCUACGCCUCUGUUUUCACCAAUCUCAAUCUCGUCGCCUUCCUCUGUUUUUACAUUUAUUUCUCCGGCCACCUCCGCGGCCUCCUCUGUUUCUCCGGCGAGUGUUUCCGAGGAUGGAACACGCUCCUCUGCCUCGCCGUUCCCAGCUGCGCAUCCGUGUGCUUGGAGUGGUGGUGGUACGAGAUUAUGAUCAUCCUCUGCGGUCUCCUCGUCGACCGCCGCGCGGCCGUCGCGUCCAUGGGCGUCCUCAUCCAGACCACCUCCCUCCUCUAUGUCUUCCCCUCCUCCCUCAGCUUCGCCGUCUCCACACGCGUCGCCAACGAACUCGGUGCGAACCGGCCCGACCGCGCUCGCCGCGCGGCCAAAGUCGGGCUCAACUGCGGCGCCGCCGUCGGCGUCGCCUCCCUCUGCUUCGCCGUCGCUGUGCGCCGCUCGUGGACCAGGAUGUUCACCUGCGACCCGGACGUACUCGCUCUGACCAGCGCGGCGCUGCCCCUGCUCGGGCUGUGCGAACUCGGGAACUGCCCGCAGACGGCAGGGUGCGGGGUGCUGCGCGGCAGCGCGCGGCCGCGGGCCGGUGCCAACAUCAACCUCGGCGCCUUCUACUGCGUGGGGAUGCCGGCCGCCGUCGGGCUCGCGUUCUUCGCCGGGUUCGGCUUCGUGGGGCUCUGGCUCGGGCUCCUCGCGGCCCAGGCGACGUGUGUCGCCCUGAUGCUCGCCGUCAUCGGCCUCACCGAUUGGGACGCGCAGGCGGAGCGGGCGCAGCAGCUCACCGGCGGCGCAAUCGCCGAAAAAGGCGUCGUCGCUACAAAGGAUUCGGUUGUUGAAAAAGAAGAAACCAUUAAAUUGCUUAUAAAGAUUGAGCAACAUCAAAUUGUAACAUUUUAACCCAAAAAAAACAAAAAUUAUAACACGAAGAUCUACUGAAUUCAAAAACAAUACAAUAAUAUUUUUUUAA